AUGAUGGAGUCUGAGGAGACCCACGUCAGAGCCAAGCCACCGGUGGUCCACCGGAGACCCCCCAGGGAGACGAGACCUCCACCACGCCUGAGACCUCCACCACGCCUGAGACCGCCACCACACCUGAGACCUCUACCACACCUGUCUGAUGAUGGCGUGGACUUCCUCCCAGAGGUCGAGUCACCACAAACACAACCAGGGUACUGUAAGCUCGGUAAGAACCACCUGUUCGGUACCUUUAGCCCAGAGGACAAUGAGGACCCAGAGCCCCUACACAUUAAAGAGGAACAGGAGGAACUCUGGACCAGUCAGGAGGGAGAGCAGCUUCAAGGUCUGGAGGAGGCUGAUAUCAAGUUCUUAUUCACUCCUGUGAAGAGUGAAGAUGAUGAAGAGGAAGCUCAGUCCUCACAGCUUCAUCAAAGACAAACUGAACAGAUGGAAACAGAAGGUGAUGGAGAGGACUGUGGAGGACCAGAACCAGACAGGAACUCUGAUCUAGAACCGGAUCCUGAUGAGGAGACUGGAGACUCUUCUGAACCUGAGACUGAUAACAGUGAUGACUGGAAGGAGACCAGAGAACCUCAGUCAGGUUUAAACAAAGUUCAUGUCGGAGAUUCAAAGUGUAGUGAUGGUAAGAAACAAUUUAGCUGCUCUGAGUGUGAGAAAGGAUUCGGCACCAAGGGAACCCUCAAGGAACAUAUGAGAAUCCACACAGGGGAGAAACCAUUUAGCUGUACAGUUUGUGGUAAAAGAUUUUCACGAAAGGGGCACCUGACACAACACAUGCCGGUCCACACGGGAGAGAAACGAUUCAGUUGCAGUAUGUGUAACAAAAGAUUCUCCUGGUGUUCACAGAUCACAAGACACAUAUGUGUUGGUCGUCAGUCCUCACGGAUUCAUCAGAGUCAGACUGAGGAGAACAGAGAGGCAGAACCUCCAGAAGCUGAUGGAGAGGACUGUGGAGGACCAGAACCAGACAGGAACUCAGAUCUAGAACCAGAUCCUGAUAACAAGACUGGAGACUCUUCUGAACCUGAGACUGAUAACAGUGAUGACUGGAAGGAGACCAGAGAACCUCAGUCAGGUUUAAACUCUCUGAUUAAUGACAUUUCUAGUGAGAAACCAUAUAGCUGCUCUGAGUGUGGGAAAAGAUUUAGGAAACAGACACAUCUUAAGGUACACAUGAGAUCUCACACAGGAGAGAAACACUUUAGAUGCUCAGUUUGUAAGAAUUUUUUUCCACAAAGUGAAGACUUAGAGAAACAUUUGACACGUCACACAGAAGAGAAAAGAUUCAGCUGCAGUGUUUGUAAGGAAACAUUUGUCUGGCGUUACCAGGUCAAAGAUCAUAAAUGUGUCGGUCGUCAGUCCUCACAGCUUCAUCAAAGACAAACUGAGGAGAACAAAGAGACGGAACCAGACAGGAACUCAGAUCCAGAUAGAUAUUUAGAACCAGAUGCUGAUGUCAAGACUGAACCGUCCUCUGAACCUGAUGACAAUGUUGAUGUUGAGUUUUGGAAAGAGACCAGGAAACAUCAGUUAGGGUUCACGUACCAGAGAAAGAAAAAGGUCUCUGCAAAUGAUGGAUUUAAUAGCAACAUGAAACCUUUCAGCUCCUCUGAGUGUCACGAAAGAUCUGAAGACAGUCUCACUCUGCUGACACACAAGAACCCCCCCACGGGAGAGAAACCAUUCGGCUGCUCACUUUGUGGUCAAAUAUUUAACGAGCAGGAAAGCUUACGUUCUCACAUGACACGUCACUCAAGGGAGAAACCUUUCCGCUGCUCAGUGUGUAACACAGACUGCAGUGACAGCGAGUCUUUAGUUCAACACAUGAGGAUCCACACGAGACGAACACAGUUCAGAUGUCCAACUUGUGGUGAAGAGUUUGCAUGGAGGAGAUAUCUGACCAAACAUAUGGAAGUCCACACAAAGAAGAAAUUCUACACCUGCAGAGAUUGUGAACAAAGAUUCACCUGGUACAACACGCUCAGAAACCACAGAUGUGUUGGUCGUUGUUCCUCACAGCUUUAUCAAACUCAAACUGCGAAGAGCAGAGAGACAGAACCUCCAGAAGCUGAUGGAGAGGACUGUGAAGAACCAGAACCAGACAGGAACUCAGAUCCAGAUAGACAUCCAGAACCAGAAACUGAUGACAAGACUGGAGACUCUUCUGAAUCUGAGACUGAUGACAGUGAUGACUGGAAGGAGACCAGAGAACCUCAGUCAGGUUUAAACUCUCUGAAUAAUGAAGUUUCUAGUGAGAAACCAUUCAGCUGCUCUCAGUGUGGGAAAAGAUUUAGCCACAAAGGAAAUCUGAAUAGACACACGAGAACUCACACAGGAGAGAAACCAUUCAGCUGCUCUGUGUGUGGUAAAGCUUUCAACAUACAUUCAUCUCUUAAGGUGCACAUGAGAUGUCACACGGGAGAGAAACCAUUCAACUGCUCAGUUUGUAGGAAGUCUUUCACACAGAGGGGAAGUUUACAGACACACAUGGGAAUCCACACAGGAGAGAAACCGUUCAGCUGCUCGGUGUGUGAGAAAAGAUUUCUAACCAAAGCACAACUGAAGAAUCACACGAUGAAUCACACCGGAGAGAAAAGGUUCUCCUGCAGUGUUUGUGACCGAGGGUUCACCUGGUAUGACCAGCUCAGGAACCAUCAGUGUGUCGGCCAUCGGUCCUCACAGCUUCAUCUUCAUCAGACCGAGAACAGAGAAGAAGAGCCUCCAGCCAGCAGCUCCACUGAAUAUAUGGAAAUAACAACUUCUUAUAUGAGCAACAACGUAGAUCUGGCAUAAACUUUUUAGUUGUAGUAAAUUUAGUUCCUAUGUUUUCUAAGGUUCAGUAUUUCAAGGGUUACGAGUUUUUUUUUAUGUCCAAUCAGUGUUGAUGAUUAGACAUAAACACUGAAAUGAGUCUAUGGAUGAUGACUUGUCAUUCAGUAAAUUAUGACACGAUGCAAAGUUGACGUUGUUUGAGAUGUCUUCAUUUAGACGAGACAGCACAACCAGUCAAUGUCUUCGUUGGGACAAUUUUCUUUGUUGUACAUAUUUAAUGAGCCAUCGACUACUUCUGUCGUAUUUUUGUGCAUCAUAAAAAUAAAGAACUUGAACUUUUGUUGUUCGUUCAUUGCAGACAGUUUCUUGCUUUGCGUUAAACAUCUUUGUGGGUAUUGUGGCUCCAUCCAUGACACCAGAGUCCUGAAGAACAGAAGGAUCUACAAAGAGGCUCUGUAUCCUCCCUCAGGUAAGUCAGAAUUAAGUUGUUAAUACAUCAAUAACCAUCAGUUACUCAAAGAAAUAGUAAUUUCUGUCACACUCUCUACAGGAUACUUUGUUUUGGGUGAUGGUAGUAACAUAUUUCUAAUUUGCCUUUUAAGUUUGUGUUGUGCAAUACUCUUCUAAAGUAUAUUAAUCAAAGUCAUGUGUUUGCUGUAUACAAGCCUCUUCUUUUACAAAAGUCCAUGAUACCAUACGCAGCUGUUUGACCCUAUUCGGAUGACUUGGUUGUUGAAAUGAUCAUCCGAACAAUAAUAAUGAUGUCAUGAACAAACGAUGAAUGCUGUACGACUCGUUAAGGUUUCUGUUAUGACACGAUUUAAUAAACUUAAGCAUGUGUUGCAUUAGUUUAACAUUAUAUUUCAGAGCAUACAAUGACAUCAAAUAACGGGCAUUUACACUUGUUUCUCUGCCGUCUCAUUCAAAUGUAGUCAUAGUUGUGACGUCCAGCAGGAAGAAGCUCUUCUUGUUUCUGGAUGUUUUGAUAUCAAGAGGCUGAAGAUAAUAUAGUUUAAUUUGCUUCAGUUUAGGCUUGGGAAGUUUUAUUGUUCCCAUAUCAACAUUCUGUCCUCUGCCGGUAACGAUAGUGACACCGAGGACUCCUCUCUGUCCCGUCUUCCCUAGAUUAGAGGCUGGUCCUUUAUGCCAAUAUUUAAAAAAUAGAAGGUUCAAGACUGUUAUUAACUGUUUGUUUAUUAUGUUUAUUUCUUGUUUUAUGUCACAAACAAGUCGAUCCAUAGCAAAUCAAUGAGUUUAUUGAUCAAGAUGUUGAAGGAGUUUUCUGUAAAACAUUAAAUCAAACUCAUCUUCAUCAUCCUGAGAGGACUGACGUGUAUUGUCUCACUUCCUGUCUCCAGUGUAUCUGUUGUCUGACAGCGUACUUCCGUAGCUCCGGCUAAACUAAGUUAAUUGUGUGAUAUUCUUCAGUACAAGCGGCUAAUUAUCUGAUAUACAUUUAAACACUCAUAGCUCGCUUCCUCUUUUAGCGACUUCUUGCUUAAUAUAACAGUUGUUUACACGUUCUGUUCUGCCAACAUUAACUACCGUACUUUAGCUUAGCAGCUAGCGAUGGCUUCUCUCUACCUCUCCUGCUCUGUGUGUCACAUGUUUAGCCAUUCUUAUGAGACAGCUCUGGUGAAAAUAAUGAAUGACCUAAUUGCAUCAGACAAAGGACUUGUCUCUGUUCUGGUCUUGUUAGACCUUAGGGCUGCGUGUGACACCAUUAAUCAUUACAUCCUGUUACAGAGACUAGAACAUUUGAUUGGCAUUAAUGGAACCGCACUAAACUGGUUUAAGUCCUAUUUAUCAGAUUGAUCUUAGUUUUGUAAACGAUGAAACCUCGAUGAACACCGUUAGUCAUGGAGUUCCACAAGGUUCUGUGCUUGGACCAAUCUUGUUCCCCUUAUACAUGCUUCCUUUUAGGCAAUAUUAUCAGAAAAGACUUUAAACUUUCAUUGUUAUGCAGAUGAUACUCAAUUAUAUCUCUCGAUCAGACCAGAUAAAACCAACCAGCUCACUAAACUGCAAGCAGCUUUAAGGACAUAAAAACCUGGAUGACCUGCAACUUCCUGAUGUUAAACUCAGACUAAACGUUAUUCUACUAGAAAUCAAUGAUCCAAUUAUAUAGUUAGAGCUGGCUCAGGUUUAUAGUUAGGGCUGGUUCAGGUUUAUAGUUAGGGCUGGUUCAGAUUUAUAGUUGGAGC